GGAUGGACAAGGUGGGGCAGAGGAUCUGAGAUUCACAGGGUGGGUGGCCGCUGCCUGGGAGCUUGGGCCACUCUCAAGGGGAGGAAAACUUGCACCCCUAAAUUGACAUCUCCAGCUGGAGCAGUUUCACGCAAGCAGCAAGCAGUUUCCAGUAUUGCCAUUGCCAAUUGCCCAACGUUGGUUUGCCCAAAAUGACAACCGAACCAUCGAUUAAAGAAUCCUCUCGCCCAAGUCAAGCCCAAAUCGAUGAAUUGCGCCGGAACUCGCGCCUCGCGAUCCCGGCUCCUCUGCGGAUUCCCCUAGCCUCGACCCUGUCAUUCGUGAUCGGGCUGGGCCUAGGGACGACCCAGGGCAGCAAGAUGACUGGUCUUCGAUUCCGCGCCGAGCACGCCCACAAGCUUCCCACCACGACAACUGGCUGGUUCCUCUACCACAAGAGCAAGAACUACCAUGUGGCAUUUGGCGGCCUGCGAGAAGGUCUGCGGAUGGGAACCAAGAUCUGCUUCUGGACUACAACAAUGUUCAGUAUCGAGCACAUGUUCGAUACUUACCGGGGCCAAACGGAUCUCGUCAAUACCGUCCUCGCCUGCGUCUCUGUAGCCGGCGGCUUCAGCCUAUGGACAUCCGCGGAGCUGCCGCCAUCAGAUAUGAAACGGCCAGGCCCAUUGGCCAUGCUGCCUCUGACCACCAUCAUCCGCUCACUUGUUACCACAACAAUCUCAUCCUCGCCGCUAUUACUACCUCCCUCACUGGCCAUAAUGACAGUAUUGGCCCACACCACAAAUCCAUUCCUCAAUCCGGACCGAAACCCCGCGCUCAAGUUCAUCCUCAAGAAAACCUUCUACGCCCAGUUCUGUGCUGGCGAGCAGGCCGCCGAGGUCCACCACACCAUUGACUCGCUCAAGAAUAUUGGCUUUAGCGGCGUCAUCCUCGGUUAUGCGAAGGAAGUCGUCCUCUCCGAGGACCAAACCAAGAACCUGGCAUCGUGCGGUCAAGGAGCUGCCGCGGAAGAGUGUAUCCGGGCCGAGAUAAGCUCUUGGGCCAGGGGCACUAUGGAGACAGUUCUUCUGGUUGCCCCAGGGGACUUUGUUGCUCUGAAAUUCACUGGUGCCGGCCGCCAGGCACUCUUCGACCUCGCUCAUCGCCAUCCGCCCACGGAAGCACUCGCCGAUGCCAUAGACAGCGUCUGCCGCCUCGCCGCUGCUCGAGGUGUCCGUCUCCUGUUCGACGCGGAACAGCAGGCCGUCCAGGCCGGCAUCGAUGACUGGACGCUCGAAUACAUGCGCAAGUACAACACGGGCGGCAAGGCUGUCGUCUACGGCACCUACCAGGCCUAUCUCAAGGCGACUCCCACCACGCUGGCACACCAUCUCGCCGCCGCGCUCGAAGAGGGCUUCGCACUUGGCGUGAAGCUCGUCCGCGGCGCCUACCUUGGAUCGGACCCACGACACGUCAUCCACGACACCAAGGCCGACACGGAUGCCGCCUACGACGGUAUCACCGAGGCGCUGCUGAGGCGACGAUGGGUGUGGCCAUUCGCGGAGCCCACCAACAACGCCGGUGCCGUGGUCCUGUUCCCGGACGUCAGCCUGGUCCUGGCGUCGCACAAUCGUACGUCGGUCCGCAAGGCGUGCGACAUCCUCCGCGGCGGCCGCUGCGAGCCCGGCACCGAGGUCUCGUUUGCGCAGCUGCAGGGCAUGGCGGACGAGGUAAGCUGCGAGCUGGUUUCCGGGUCCAAGGCGCCUGCCGACGUCGCUGCCGGCGACGGUGCCGAGGCUGCUCUCAGGCGGGACCAGGACCUCAAGGCCUACAAGUAUCUCGUGUGGGGAUCGACCGGGGAGUGCAUGAAGUAUCUACUGCGCCGGGCGCAUGAGAACCGCGAGGCUGUGCAGAGGACCAGGAGCGGGAGAGAUGCGAUGCGUGUGGAGCUUUGGAGACGCGUGAAGAGCGUUUUCGGUAUAGGCGCCUGA